UUUGAAAUUUAUCAGGUUGGAGAAAAACUGAUACAGUCUACUCGAGAACCUAAAAGUUCUGUUAAAACCAGAAUAAAAGCACUGAUUGCUGAGGAGAUAUCCAAAAAGAAGGGCCACCAUCACCGAACUUCAUCCUGUCCUGCUAGGCCACUUUUAAAGCGAACUGAUUCCAUUCAUCACCUGCAACCUUCAGCUUUGGAUCCCCUUGUUGAUCCAGUAUUAUAUGAUGGAAGUUCCAAAACUCUUCAUCGAACACAUAAAUACUCUUCUGCUUCCAGCACAAUGGAUCCGCUGCCUCUGGUGUCCCAUGAGGAUCCAGUUACCAGUGACAAAAGAUUUGAAGAGUGUGGCACCAUGUUUACAGGAGAAUUCCUGGGGCAUAACCAGCUUAAUGAGAAUCAGAAUCAACCAACUGAGAACCACACACUUUUUCAGGAAAAGUUGGACAACACAAAGCCUAUGAUGGUGCAGAAGUUACCACAUGCAAUGGAGCUCACUCCAGAUUCGUCACUCCAGAGAAAGGAUUUUCUGGACACCCUUGACACAAGAAAUGUAAAAAUGGCAUUGACUAAUUGUGAGUCAUUCCCUUUACCUGGCACAUCAGGCGAAAGAGGUUCUGGGUCUAGCAAACUGACACACAUGCAAGAGGGGAUUGGGUCUCAUGCAACAGAAAAAGUUAAGUUGCAUAGUCAAUCACAGAAGUCACUUCUUGAGUCCAGAAACUCGGGAGAACUUGUCAAAAAGUUGAUGCCGUACAAAACUGAGUAUGAAGCAGAUGGAAUUCUGAGAUCAAAUAAAAAUACAGCUGAAUUUGCUAAUAUUUCUCCUCUAGGUUCAGUCCAGCUUCUGAAAACCCGGAGUGAGGUACAUGAGAAUCAAGUGGUUGUCAAGAGUUUCAAGGAUAUUAGACAGAAGAUAAAGCAUUUGAUUAAGGAGAACAGAAAAGAGAGGCAUCGGAUUACUAUGGAUGCUAUCCUUCACAAAAUUCCUCAUGGCCGUGAGUUUUCUAAGGAAUGGAAGGAGAUUGCCCAUCAAUUGAAGCACCCUGCAAUGAAUAGAGAAGGAAGAGACAGUCCUGGAAUUUAUUAUUCUUCUCCUUCCCUCAGCAAGGGCCAAACACACCACAUGAGAAGAACAUCAUCUCUCAAAGAGACAAUGGAAAGAUAUUCUCAGUUGUAUCAGACUAGUUUCAACAGAGAAGCCAAAUACCGAACCUCUGAAAGACUAAUAUUGAGAAAAGAAGAGGCAUCUUUUCCUUCAGUAAGUCCUUCAGUAAGUGCCCCCAAACCACUGGCAAGGGUUCGUUCUUUACCUAUUCUCCAAGCUUAUACCUAUCAGGGUGAGGACUCUUCUGAUGCUUUUUCUUCGGGAAGAAUAACUAGCAAUACUGCAGAUGUCACGGAAAGCAUAGAUCAUAGUUUUGUUGAACAGAAAAGCCUAGACCUUCCUAUAGAUUCAGAAAAUCAGUUUCAAUUACAUACUCUUGCUGAAAGUAAAACUCAAGAAAACUUGGAUGGAGUUGGUGAAACUAAUGCAUUUAUUGGAGAUGAGGUUGAAUCAAUAUCAAUUACAAACAAUGAGGCAGAUGCUAAAGUGGGUUUAAUUGUUGAUGAUUUUGACAACUUGACAGCAGAAGAAAUUGCUUCUCACAAUGACAACGAAAAGGAUAUUGGACCCACAAAGGAACCUAUUGCUAAACUGGAAGAACUAACUCUGGUCUCUCUGCCUGACUCCAAUUUUCAGGAGAAGACAGCCAGCCCUGAAGAGUUUCCUUCAUCAGAAGAUUCAGAAGAAGUGAAGGGCAGACUUUCCAGUGGACUGGAUAAUGUGGUCAAUCAGCAACAUGAGUCUGGCAUGAUUACCCCUGUAGUGGUUGACAGAGGAGUGGAACUUCAGAAAGUAGAAUUUCUGAAAAACCUUAUGGAAAAUGAAACUCCGCAUCUUCAAUUGGAUGCAAAAGACAAAGCUGACUUUAAUUACGUGAGAGAUAUACUGAAGCUGUCUGGAUUCAGUGGAAAUGAGGCCCUUGGUACGUGGCAUUCUGAUGACCAGCCACUUGAUCCUUCGAUGUAUGAGGAAGUGGAAGGCUGCCUGCUCCCGGAUCCUGAUUGUUCUGGAAAUGAAAAAGGUGAAAACUGUAGUCACCUGCUUUUGUUUGAUCUAAUCAAUGAGGCACUCAUGGAGAUAUAUGAAAGGUCAUACAGCUACUGUCCUGGUCCAGCAGGACACCAAGUUCUCAAAGAAGUCUGGUCACUUAUAAGAUGGCACAUGAGCCCAAGACCGGAGGUUCACCAGCCAGUGGAUCGAGUUGUGAUCAAAGAUCUAGCAAAGAGAGAUGGAUGGAUGAAUCUUAAAUUUGAUACUGAAUGUGUGGGGCAUGAGUUGGAGGACUUGAUUUUGGACGAUCUUUUAGAAGAAGUUUUCAUGACAUGAACGUGGGGCUGGAACAAGUUGCUUAUAAAAGUGCCUUCUUUAACUUGAUUAGCCAUAAAAAUUUUGGUUCCUGGUUUUUUGUAUUACUACUUACUCAUAUUGUUUUACUCAACUACAUGAAAAGAAUAGGAAAGAAGCCAGGUGACAGAAAGUUCUUGUUGUAUUAAUACUUAAAAAGUAUAGCUACACUUGAUUUGAGAGUUCAUGAAAGAAAGAAAGAAAGAAAUCACAUAAAUGUUUAGUUUUAGGAUAUCUCCAUUUUUAAUUCUUAUUAAAUGAGGGUGAAGUAAAGUGUAAUUUUAUUCUCAUUAAAAUA